GGCUUGAAAAUAAUGAAUGAGAGAGUAUUAUGGGAUGGUUUGCCCACAAUUCUCAUGGUUUUGGUUCAAUUUGGGUUUGCUGGAGUUAACAUUUGCUACAAAUUAGCUGCUGCUGAUGGAAUGAGUUUGAAGAUUAUCAUUGCUUAUCGUUUCUUAUUUGCCUCUGCUUUCAUUCUUCCCAUUGCCUUCUUUCUCGAGAGAGGAAGAAGGCCGAAGCUUACUUGGUCAGUUCUUUUCUAUGCUUUUUUGUGUGGACUCUUUGGGGGAUCACUGAGUCAAAAUUUGUACGUGGAAAGCUUGGCUUUGACAUCUGCAACAUUUGCUUCAGCCAUUGGUAACCUUGUUCCAGGCAUCACCUUCAUUUUGGCCGUCUCCUUCAGGUUUAAGUUCAUCACAUAUAUGUUGGAGAGGAUGAACAUAAGAACAAUGGGAGGGAAGGCCAAAGUGGUGGGGACAUUAAUAGGAUUAGGUGGGGCCAUGGUGUUGACAUUGUACAAAGGCGUUGAACUUCAUCUUUGGUCAACUCGGGUUGACCUUUUGAAUAAAAGUCAUAACUCGAGUGGACACGUGGCGGCACCAGAACAUGACAUUCAUAGUCAGGUGUUGGGGAGUGUGUUGGGUGUUGGAAGCUGCUUCUCCUAUGCUUUAUGGCUCAUCGUGCAGGCAAAAAUGAGCGAAUGCUAUCCAUGCCACUACUCAAGUACAGCAUUAAUGUGUAUGAUGGGAUCACUUCAAGCCGUUGGUUUUGCUUUGUGUGUCGAAACGCAAUGGACUCGUUGGAAAUUGGGUUGGAAUAUCAGACUUCUCUCUGUUGCAUAUACCGGGAUCGUGGCUUCUGGAGUAAUGGUAACGCUAAUAACAUGGUGCGUACGAAUGAGAGGCCCAAUGUUUGUAUCAGUUUUCAGUCCUCUUAUUCUAUUUCUCGUUGCCAUAGCCGCCUCCUUGUUCCUACAAGAAAAACUCUAUUUAGGAUGUGUGAUUGGAGGAAUGCUGAUUGUGUGUGGAUUAUACAUAGUAUUAUGGGGUAAAAGCAAAGAAAUGAGAAAGAUAACACAAUUAGCUCCCAUGGAAAGCAUUGAAGAGCAGCAGGUGGGUGGAGGGAUAGAUUUGGUCAUCUCCACUGCAACUCCACUUCCCAAAACUCAUGUAACCAAUAACAAUAAUGCUCCACAUUCCAACAAUUAGAAACUAAAACUAUGUUCAUUAUUAUAUUCUUACCUUUUACACAGCCUCCUCUGUUUCAACAUUAUUUGAAUAUCCCAUCAUGAGUUUUAGACAAUAUUGUGUUCUUCUAAGAAAAUUCAAGUGGUAUGGACAAUUUUUCAUUUUA